CCCUGCAGCACCCUAUGGGGUGGGAUGAUGCUCAUCUAUGGGACACCCCGUAGGGUCCCUUGUCCCUGCAUCACCCAGUGGGGCGGGAUGAUGCCCGCCCUUCAUCCCUAACCAUCCAGUGUUGGGCUUCUGCUUCCAGAGGGACCUGCGGUACCCGUCCCAUGGCUGAUUCCUAUGGGGUGUCGCGCAUCGUCGGAGGCGUGGAUGCGCACCAGGGCGCCUGGCCAUGGAUGGUCAGCAUCCAGUUCCCCACGGCCACCGGCUUCUCGCACAUCUGCGGGGGGUCCCUCAUCACCCCGCAAUGGGUCCUCACGGCCGCUCACUGCUUCGUCGGGCAAAACUUCACCACGGAUUGGUUCGUGAUGGUCGGAAUCACGGACCUGGCUUGGGCCAAUUCCGAGACCCAGAAACGUUGGAUCCAGAGGGUCGUGGUCCAUGAAUAUUACACCAACAUCUCCGGCGGCUUCGACAUUGCCUUGGUGGAGCUGGACCAGCCGGUGCAGUGCGGGUACCACGUGCAGCUCGCCUGCCUGCCCGAUGCGACGCUCAGCGUGUCCCAGCUCUCCGAGUGCUUCAUCAGCGGAUGGGGCGCGAGGGAGGCCAGAACGGGGGCAUCGUCCCCAUCUGCCCUGCAGGAGGCCAAGGUCCGCCUCAUCGAUGCCAAGCUCUGCAACAGCAGCCUAUGGUACCGAGGGGCCAUCAAGAGCCACAACCUGUGUGCUGGGUACCCGCAGGGUGGCAUCGACACCUGCCAG